AGGAGUAUGACUGUGACUGUGUAAUUAAGUGAGAGAAAACAUAUUGGCGACGGGUUUGUUAGUAUCGUGCAGACUGAGGGUGUACAGGUCGAUAUUAUAGGCUAUCAAGUUUGAACAGGAAGAGUGUGGAAUCUGAAAUUCAGCGCUUUCUAUACUUUUCACAACGCUUUCAUGAAUUAACUUCUCACAUUAUAAAGCGCACUGUUCCAGAAAAGUGGGUUUUCUUUUUAACUUCAUUCACCGGCUCGGAUUGAGAUAGCCAUAUAGUGAUUCAAUGUGCUGCUUUGGAAAAGAAUAGCCUGUCUGCCGCAUCGUCUCCAUUUAAACUGAGAACAGAGGAUUUUUUGGACCUCCACAAUCUAACUGAUGUUCUUGUAUAACACCUUUGCGCGGAUAACUUCUCCACAAUCUUGCAUGGUGCUUUACGGGCAAGGAGGAAUGGCGCGAUAAAGUGGUAGCCUAUACCUGGCAUUCAGAAGAAUCAAUUGAAGUACCUAUUUUGUGUACACUGCUGGCUCAUGAUGUACUCUCCGAUUUGUCUUACUCAGGAUGAAUUUCAUCCCUUCAUCGAGGCACUUCUCCCUCACGUCCGUGCCAUCGCCUACACGUGGUUCAACCUCCAGGCGAGGAAACGCAAGUUCUUCAAGAAGCAUGAGAAGCGGAUGUCCAAGGACGAGGAGCGUGCGGUCAAGGACGAACUGCUCAGCGAGAAGCCCGAGAUCAAGCAGAAGUGGGCCUCGAGGCUCCUCGCCAAGCUCCGCAAGGACAUCCGCCAGGAGUACCGCGAGGACUUUGUGCUCAGCGUGACGGGCAAGAAGCACCCGUGCUGCGUCCUCUCCAACCCCGACCAGAAGGGCAAGAUCCGGCGGAUCGACUGUUUGCGGCAGGCCGACAAGGUGUGGCGCCUAGACCUGGUCAUGGUCAUCCUGUUCAAAGGCAUCCCGUUGGAAAGUACGGACGGAGAGCGCCUCGUCAAGUCGCCGCAUUGCACCAACCCAGCACUUUGCGUCCAGCCGCAUCACAUUACAGUGUCGGUCAAGGAGCUCGACUUGUUUCUAGCAUACUAUGUCCAGGACCAAGACGCACAGCAGUCAGGAAGUCCCAGUAACAAUGAGCCAGGCAACAACCCUCCAGUUUACUUGGAAGACAGCUUCAUCAAAUCAGGAGUCUUCAGUGUUUCGGAGCUGGUGCGGGUGUCCAGAACGCCCAUCACCCAGGGGGCGGGGGUGAACUUCUCCAUGGCCGACAUGCCUAGUCAGCCGUACUACCAUGACCUGAACUCCAGCGUGGGCCUCCAUCGCUCCCUCUCCUCCCCGCCUGGCAGUAAACGGCCCAAGACCCUCAACAUAGAGGAGAGUAUGGAGACCAGUCCCACUGGCCCUGACUUCUAUUCUUCACCUAGCUCCCCAGCUAGUGGCAGCAGGACCUGGCACGAGAGAGAAGACCUGUCGUCUCCCACCAUGAAGAAGCCCGAGAAGCCUCUCUUCAGCCCCACCUCCCCACAGGAUUCUUCCCCCAGACUGAGCACUUUCCCCCAGCACCACCACCCCGGACUCACAGGCAUCGGACACAGUGUUAUAUCAACGAGGAGCCCUCCCCCCCACUCCCCCCUGCAGUUCUCUGCCUCUGCCAUCCUCCCCCCUGCCCCGUCACCCUACUUCUCCCACCCCACCAUCCGCUACCCGCCCCAUCUCAACCCCCCUGACUCCCUGAAGAGUUACGUGUCCAGCUACGACCCGUCCAGCCCACAGACCAGCCAGCCGAACAGCAGUAGCCAGGUGGGGAAGGUUCAGGGCCACUUCACCCCAGUCCUGGCCCCCUCUCCGCACCACGGCACAGUGCGACCUGUCUCCCUGUCCAUGCCCGACACCAAGCCCAUCACAUCAGAAGGCUACUCAACCCCGGGCACCCCCACAGCCAAUCGUUUUGUAGGACUGAGCUCUAGAGAUCCAGCCUUCCUUCACCAGCAACAGGGGGAGUCUGAGAAAUAA